AUAUUAAAAAUAUACCAUCUUUAUAACCAAAGAAUCACAUUCUUCUUCAUCUUUUUUCUUCUACUAUCAUAUUCUCACUUCAAUGCUUUCAACAAUAGUUUCAAAUUUAACAUCCUAAAUAAAAAAUUAUUCUCCAGCUACUACACUAUUUUUCAUCCUUCAGAUUAGGUUGAUUUGUACGAGGAAAGUUUUGUUCUUUUUUGAUGGGUAUGAUUGAAACUCAAAUCAAGGAACCGUGUGGGGUUUCUUCUACUUUAGAAGAAAAUUUCAAGGUUCAAGGUUCAGAAGAGGAGAAGAAUGAGGUGAAAAAAGGUUUUGGAAGUUUGAAAAGUGUUGAAGAUGAUGAAUGUUGUAAGGUUGAUGAGAAUGGUGUUGGAGUGAAAAGUUUGUGUGAUGAUGGUGUUGUUGAAGUUAAGAGCAGUUUUUUCGAGACCGAGGUUUCGGUUUUGAGGGAAAAUGAUUAUCAAGGAAGUGAUGGGAGCAUUGUUUGUGAGAAGUUGGAUUGUGAGGGGAGAGUAGAAGAAGAUGCUGUUUUGAAUGGUGAUGGUGUGGUAGUUGUUGAUGCUGAAGAGAGAAAAGAUGGGAAUGUGAAGGAAAAAGAUGAAAAUUGUGAUGUGAAAAUUGUGACUAUUGAAGUUCCAAUAGUAGAGACAAGUGAGGGAAAGGUAGAAGAAGUUUCUGUUUUGAGUGGUGAUGGUGUGGUUGUUGUUGAUGGUGAAGAGAGAAAAGACGAGAAUGUGAAGGAAAGUGAUGAACGGGAAAAAGGAGAAAAUUGCGAUGGAAAAAUUGCGACUAUUGAGGUUCCGAUUGUGGAGAUAAGUGAGAACAAUGAUGUUGAAAUGGAAGAUUUGAUUGUGGAGGAUUUGAUCGAUGAAAGUUACGGUUUUUCUGUUGGUGAUUUUGUUUGGGGUAAAAUUAAGAGUCAUCCUUGGUGGCCAGGCCGAGUUUACGAAGCCUCUGAUGCGUCUGAUUUUGCUUUGAAGGUGAAACAGAAGAAUCGACUCUUAGUGGCUUACUUUGGUGAUGGAACAUUUGCUUGGUGUCAUCCCUCCCAAUUGAAGCCCUUUAAGGACAAUUUUGAAGAUAUGGUGAGACAGAGUUGUUCCAAAGGUUUUACGAAUGCAGUGCAAGAAGCCGUGAACGAGGUUCGAAAGAUUCUGAUUAUGAAGAUGAGUCGUUCGUUUGCUGCGGAGAAAACUAUGUCUGAGUUUGUUACACUCUCGGCAAAAAAUUCAGGAAUCAAGGAAGGAGUUCUUGUGCCGGAAAGUGGCAUAGAGAGACUUUCGUCUGUUACAGUUGAACCAGCUGAAUUACUUUCUCAAAUGAAACAAAUUGCUGAAAUCAUCGAUGUUGGUAGUGUUCUUGAGCUGGAAUUUUUGAAGGCACGGCUUUCGGCUUUUUUUCUGUUGAGAGGAGGAUAUAAGUUACCUGUUUACGAGGAUCCCAAGCGGGUUUCCGGACUUGAAGAUAAGGAUGACACAGUUGAUGUUGAAACUGCAGUGGAAGCACAGUUUCAAGGGCCAUUUGAAGAGGACUACUCUACGCUGCCGUUGAGUCCAAAAUCCGGCGAACCGUGUCAUUCUCCGGAGAUUUCAGGAAGUAGAUCGAACCGUAGAAGAAAGCAGAAAAGCAUUGCUGACAUUAUGUGGGAGGAUAAAGAUAAAGAUGUUCAUACAAAAAAUAAAGAAGAGGAUGCAAGUGAUGAAGUUCUCGAUGCAAUUGCGUCACGAGGUAGAAAGAAGAGAAAAGAUAGCGAGGAUGUAGCGACAUCUAAACCAGUUCGGAAGAGAAAAGAGUUUGUUAUAGAUACCGAUGGAAACUCUGCAGGUUCUGGAAAAGAAGGCCGUGGAGACAAGAAAAACAGUGACAAGGUCAAAUCGCUGCAUUUGAACAAGAAAAAAGAAGCUUUCGGCAAUGAAAGCGUCGUCAAUGGAAGCAAAGAAGAAGAAAAUGAUGAAGGGAAGUCGAAAGAAGAAAAUGAGAAGGGUUUUUUGUCGAGGGAAAGGAAGAAAAGCAAGUAUUUGUCUCCUCCCUUCACUACUUCAAUCAGGGAGCUUGUGAAGGGAAGUAAAGGAACAAAAGCUAGGGAUGCUGUCCGGCUUUCUUCUCCGAUUUCAAAGUGUAACAGUGUGGCAUUUCUAGAGUCAAAACUUUCUGAUAGUUCGAAUCACCAAACACAAGAUGAUGAGGAAAAGGCUAUUGAUCCAGAGAAAGUCAAGGUUUCUUCGGCCAAAAUUCUGUCUAAACUUCGCAGUGUCGCUAUUAGUCCACAAAUCUCUAGGGAAGGUGCUUCUUUUGAUAGAUUUGUGGACUUUAUUUUGGUCAUGAGAAGUUCAUUAUAUCGCGAAGGAUCGUUAUACAAAGCAUACAAGAAAGUUUUACCGGGGAGGAAGAGAAAGAAGCCAGAAUCCAAAUCUGAACUUGAGAUGCUGGGGAAAGAUCAAAAUCAAUCUGAUCAUGUAUCACCCGAUGAAGAUUCUGCGCCAAUAAAGAGAAGAAAGGAGAAGAAAACUACAAGCGUCCAAAAAUCGACGAGAGCUUCUGAAACCAAGACUGGUGAAAAGGGGACUGAUGAGAAAUCUUCGGCAGCCGUGCUCUUCGUGUCAUUUUGGCCAGGAUCCACUUUACCUUCGAAAUCUGAUCUCAUCACAAUGUAUAGUAAGUUCGGAGCUCUGAACGAAUUAGAAACCGAUAUGUUCCGUACUAAUUACACUGCUCGAGUUUCCUUCCUAAGAACCCAUGAUGCUGAAAAGGCAUUGAACCAUUCUCAAAACAAAAACCCUUUUGAAUCUUCAGAAGUUACUUUUCAGCUCCAGUACGCAUCUUCCGAUGGAUCCAAGUCUGUAGGAGAACACAGUGAAAGAUCAAAGUCCAAAGCUUCACAAUACAACAAGCAGAAAAGCGAGACUCCAACCACACCAUCGGUUUCACCGUCACAAGGUAGUGAGAAAACUAAACUGAGCUUCAUAAAAGGAAAACUUCAAGGUCUGGUCUCAAUGCUCGAAUCAUCCGACGAAAAAUCACCUGAGUUCAAGACGAAGUUAGAGAUCAAUGUAAAAAGUCUUUUGGAGGAUGUGAACAAAAUGGCCGAAUCUACAUCGUCGUAAAAAUCACAAUCGGUAACCGGUAAUUAUGUAUUUAAUGAGUAAUUAUCAUGGUAGGUUUAGUGACAAUAUGCCAUGUACUUGAUUGAAUCUGUCUUGUCUUUAUUUUAGAGUCUUUUUUACUAUGCUAUUUACUAUAUCAGAUUAUGUUGUUGAACAUGGAACCCUUUGCAUGAUUAUUAAUCUUUAUAGAGAGAGGUUAAUAUCUUUUUGGAUUAGUCAGUGAUAUGCAAACAGAUUUUAAGGAUUAAAAUAUAUGUUUGUUUUAAA